GCGCGUUCACGUUGUGUAUCCAGUGUGUGAGCGAGACCGACAAUUCAUCAUCACAGCCCAUUCAAUUUCUACACAGACGCUGACCGACUCAGAGCUACAGCCAUGGCCUCCGGUGUGAAAGUCACAGACGAAGUUAUCGCCGUCUUCAACGACAUGAAGGUGCGCAAGGCCCAGGCGAACGAGGACGAGAAGAGGAAGAGGAAGAAGGCCAUUCUGUUCUGCAUUAGCAAGGACCUCAAGAACAUUGUUCUGGAUGACGGCAAAGAGAUCCUGCUGGGUGACUUGGGAACCACCGUCCAGGACCCGUACCAGCACUUUGUGAAGAUGCUGCCCCCAGAGGACUGCCGCUACGCCCUGUACGACGCCACCUAUGAGACCAAAGAGACAAAGAAGGAGGACCUGGUCUUUAUCUUCUGGGCUCCAGAUGGUGCCCCCCUGAAGAGCAAGAUGAUCUAUGCCAGCUCAAAAGAUGCUAUCAAGAGAAAAUUCGAAGGUAUUAAGCACGAGUGGCAGGUGAACGGUUUGGAAGACCUCAAAGACCGGCACACCCUGGCAGAAAAGCUCGGCGGCUCGUCAGUAAUCAGCCUGGAAGGAUCCCCUAUAUAAAUACUGCCCCCCCUCCCCUCCUCUCAGGCUUCGAUCGAGGCCUUUCAGACACAUCUGUUGGGUUUAGCUGUUCAUUCCAGUGUGGUUUGGAGAAGGGCAAAAGCAGAACUAGCACCAUUCGCGGGACUCUCGGGGUGGGAUAUUGUGGGUGGGUUUGUGGUCAAGUGACAGUUUAAAAACAAGAAAAAAAAAAAAAUUCAGAUAAAUUCCACAAAUGCAGACUGUCAUUCCAGUUCACGCAACAUAAAGAAUAUGAACAAAACACACACAAAGGAAAAAAACAUUAAGAUACAACUGAGAAAGGAUGAUGAUAAAACUUUAAAAAACACAUAUUGUUCAUGUUUAAAGAUUGUUCUUUUAUUCCAGGUUCCAUUUGAGUGAUUGCAGAGAAAGGGACAGACAGCCUCUUAGUUUUCCAACCAUUGAAUCCUGAUAAAUAAUCGUUCCAACUACAUUUUUUUUUGCCAAACUUUUAGUUAAGUUUUGUAAGUGUUUGUAGUUGAGACUAGCUGUAGUAUGAACUAAUUCACAAGAUGUAUCAAAACCUUCUCUGGGGGGGAAAUGCGGUUAAAUAUAUAUAUUUUUCUUUUUUUGUUUUGUUAUUCCAUGUUUUUUUUUUUUUUUUCUUUUUGAACAUGCAAAUUCCAAAACUUGAGUGAUUCCUUUUUAUUUCCAGUUCUGGGUCAGAAAUUCAUGGCAUUUGAUGUAGUUAACAGACAACAUUCCUUGUACUUGUUAAAACCAGGAUCUCCUUGAAUAAAUCUUUGGUGUUAAUGAAGGUCUGGUGGGGAGCGAUGUGUAUAUGAAGGACCAGCGGUCAGAGUUUAGACUGAAUAUUGAAUGGUGGAUGUUUUGUAUCGUCUCCUUACUCUAAUAAAAAGCACUAAACUACUGA